UGCACAUGAUUGGAGCUGAUACCUUAUUUUCUCAUGUAGUUAAUUCUGGUUUUGGAUUGUGAGGAGAAGCAUAACUCAUAUGUUCAGGCAAGUUGUAUUUGACCUUUCCCCCCUGCCCCCUUAACUCUGAGUAGUGUAUUUCCUAAGGUAAUUAUACUACUACUGUUCUUCCUCCCCUUUUGCUCCCCUUGGGCAGGAAUGAUGGUGUGGUACAACCUCUCUCACUUGCAUGCAUGCUCUCUCUAAUUUUGCUUAUAUCUACAUCUCUAAUGUAGCAUUUAUAUUUUAUUUAUAAAUUCUUUAAAAAUGUAACUCAGUGAACUCUGUUUGCAUGUCAAGUUUCAGAGUUUGUAAAGUAAUUCAUCAAGGAAAAACUUUUCUUCUAAAAUAACUAGGUAUUUCCUAUUUCUGUGAAAAUUUUCAAAUGGCAGAGGUAAAUGUAAGACCUGGUUUGCUAUGGUAGCCAAUUCAAUUGGAAGAGACUGAAAAAGUGACUUUUUUCCUAAGUGACAAUUAAUGGUCACAGAUACAGAAUAAAGUUCAAAUUUUAAGUGGCAGUAGCAGUGUCACUCUUGACAUAUGCAUCCUAUGUAUUUGCAGAAUGUACUUAGCACGUUUUUGCUAGUACUAUUUGUGACAGAAAAUAGGAAUAUGAAACUGUCACCUAAAUGCAUGAAUGGCAUGGCUGAUACAACACUGCACCUUCUCCCCUAUGUCCAUCCUCCUUCCUUAAAAACUAAACAAAAUCCAACUGAAACAAACAAACAAACAAAAAACCACAACACACAGAACAACAAAACCCAUAGAACCCCUCUGUUAGCCUGAUUCUUUGGAGUUUCUUUGUGCAGGUUGUAAUACAAAGUAUUUGUGUAAUAAUGUUUUUGCCUUUGGAAGGAAAAAUCUCUCUGCAAGUGCUCCAGAAAUUCUGUAAAUGCUGCUGUGCAAAGCUUCUGCUUAGUGAGAAGAGCAAGACUAGAAGGAGAAGGUUUAUACAGAACAGCAGAACAACUUUAUCCUUGAACCGUGAGGAUCGGAAGAAUGUACAAUCUACCAGAAUUGGAAUGUCAGUGAAUGCGAUACGCAAGCAAAGCACAGAUGAAGAAGUUACAUCUUUAGCGAAAUCUCUUAUCAAGUCUUGGAAGAAACUGUUAGAUGGACCUUCAACUGAUAAAGAUUCUGAAGAAAAGAAAAAGGAGCCUGCAUCUUCCUCACAAAACAGCCCUGAAGCAAGAGAAGAAAGCAGUUCAAGUAGCAAUUCCAGCAGCAGGAAGGAGGAGGGUAGCGCUCCCUCAAAUUCUUUCAUCCCGUCUUUUCCCCGGGCUCCAAGCACUUCGGAUUCUGUACGAGUGAAAUGUAGAGAAAUGCUCUCUGCAGCUCUCAGAACAGGAGAUGAUUACAUUGCUAUUGGUGCUGAUGAGGAAGAGCUGGGUUCUCAGAUUGAAGAAGCUAUUUUUCAAGAAUUAAAAAACACUGAUAUGAAAUACAAAAAUAGGGUACGAAGUAGAAUAGCGAAUCUCAAGGAUGCAAAGAAUCCUAACCUAAGGAAAAACGUGUUAUGUGGGAACAUUCCUCCUGACAAGUUUGCCAAAAUGACAGCAGAGGAAAUGGCAAGUGAUGAACUGAAAGAAAUGCGCAAAAAUCUGACCAAAGAAGCUAUCAGAGAGCACCAGAUGGCUAAAACAGGAGGUACCCAGACUGAUCUGUUUACGUGUGGCAAGUGCAAAAAGAAGAACUGUACAUACACCCAGGUUCAAACCCGCAGUGCUGAUGAACCCAUGACAACGUUUGUUGUCUGUAAUGAAUGUGGUAACAGAUGGAAGUUCUGUUAGAAGAAGAAAUUCUCAAGACAUCUGGACCAGUAUAAAGGAGGAUUUUGUAAUUAGCUUUAAAAACUAGGUUAAGCAUCUAGCUUCCAGCAAACAAGAAGUUUUUUGAUUUUCAUUUUUUUUUUUUUUAAAGCAGCGUACAUGCCUGACAUUAGCCUUUGUUUUGACACAACCAUCAUUUCCUUAAAUGCCUUCCUAUAGCUGAUAGUCAGUAGGGCCAGGUUGCUCAAUUGUAUGGUGAAUGUUAAAAUAUUUUUUCAUUUUUAUAAGUAAGUUGACAUUAAACUUUUACCAAUUAAA